AGCCACCACCGCCACGUUGUAAAGUCAGUCGAUUGUAAGUGUCAGAAAGCAGGGAUGGACAGUCACAAGGUUGAAGAUAAAGAGCUAGAAUUUCGUCCAGAAGAUUCAAGUCACUUCGAAAAGUAUGGAGUUUCAGCAGCAUCUGUGGAAGCAGAACCUUGUGUCGUGGAUAUUAAAAGUUCAAACAAUAAAAGAUGGAGUAGCCACAACUUUCCAUGGGCAAAGGGGCUAGAGGAAUUCAGCGGAAGAUUAUUUGGCAAUUUUUCUUUGGAACCGGAGCAAAGAGAAGUGAUCAAUGCAACUAUGAGUGGACGCGAUGUUUUUGCAGAUGUGUCAGCUAUAGACGGACGUGAAGUGACAUAUCAGGUCCCUGCUCUUUUAUGUCCUGCGAUGACUUUGGUUGUUGUCCCACCUCUUCUCAUUCCUUUGAGCAUGGGUAGUUCAUUGGGAUUUGAGCUCAAUUGCCACCUCUAGUAUAAAAUACAUGGACAGAAAGAAAUAAACUUUUCUAUUAACAAUUCAAACCUUCAAAUUCUUUGUUGUUAUUACAAGGAGAUCAAAAUGGCUAAAAUUGAACUUAUGCAAUCGUUGCUAGAUUAUUUCUUAUCAAUGGAAAAGAAUUCAGCUUUAUUUUGGUAGAGUUGCAGCAAUUGUCCUAAAAAGGAACUAGAGAAAUUAAUUGCAUUUUCUCAUUGACAUCCUUGGGCUAAUUAGAAUGGUUUUAGGCAUUUCAUAUAUAGAUACACAACAUAGCACAACAUAGCACAUGAGUUGGAAUCUGAAUACAGAUUAUAAUACAAAAAAAAAAA